AUACCGACUAAGGAUGCACGUACGUACCGAAGUAAGUAGGAAGAUUAGUAUUAACGCGAUCUUUCCAUUGUAAAAUUAUUUAUUAGAUCCACUAUACGUGCGCUGGGGCCCAGUCAUUCGCCGCCUCGUUGCUUUGCCACGACUUCCUCCAUUACUCAGUAGUCACUCCUUGUUCUCGUCGCCCACUACUGUCUCUGAUAUUCUUUUCCAAUACGACCUCCAUGCUAUUAUUCCACCCUUUAGCUUUUUUUCUUGUCAUCUUGUCAUCCCUUGUCAAUGCUAGUGUAACAGUGUACUACCAAGUUCCAUUUGCAGAUUCAACUGCCACUACCAGUGCAGCUUCUGCCAAUUAUACCGGCGCUGCAGCUUAUGAUCCUACUGUACUAACACCUCCGCCCGUCCCUGCAGGGCUCACAACACAAUUCGGAAUCCAACUUUCCAGUUCGUCGGCAGCCGUGCAGGGUCUGAGUAUACCCCAGAAAGGGUCGUUCAUGGGGUUUUCUAUCGAAUUCACCGUCGUCAACCAGAUUUGUAACACAUAUUUACAGGUUCCCUUUUUAAACCUCAUGGCUCUCCUUCGUGAACGGGCAGGCGAAGUGCACAUUCGUGUCGGAGGCAAUACCCAAGAGACUGCAGUCCUCGUCGAUAGUCUUCCUGGAGGUGUAAUGGUAGCCAAAGAACGUGGUACUACGGAUGAUGUGACUGCUACCCCAACACUUCUUUACACGGCUGAGGUUUUCUACACAAUGGCGAACAUCUCGGCCCUUGUAAAUACGAAAUGGUUCCUUGGGAUACCGUUUAAUGACACAAGUAACCUCCGACUCGGCAUUGCGGAAGUUGGCGAGGCUGUGUUGAGCGGCCCUGGAUAUUUGCUCGGUUUCAUCAGACACGGGGUCCGACCUUCCACGUAUGCACCCUCUGACUACUUCAACGAUUUUGGCAUAGUAGCUACCGCCGUCAACAACGACGGCAGUAUUCCUGUUAAAAACAACUUGGUUGCCCCAUCUAUCACAGGCCAAUGGACUCCAGAAUCCGUGUGGGACACCAGUCUCGUUCCAACCUACUCAUCAAGCUUGGGAGCGCUAGCAGUUGAACAUUACCCAACCGAUAAUUGCUACGCAUUGUACGGCAUCGGUUCUCCUGUCGUCCCACAAGACGUGUUUCAGAAUUUCCUCAACCACACCUCUGGCAUCAAUAUCAUCGCUCCCUAUCUCAACUCCACCAGCUAUGCGCAAUCCAGUGGGCUGCCCAUGAUUAUGAUGGAGACAAACUCAGCAUCCUGUGGUGGCUUACCAGGGAUUAGUGAUACCUUUGGCGCGACUCUAUGGGCACUCGAUUAUGGCCUUCAGAUGGCUUAUAGCAACUUCUCGGGCGCAAUGAUGCACGUUGGUGGACAAGAUGUGUACUACAAUGUGACACCUCCUACGAACCAGUCAUCAUACCACCAAUGGACGGUUGGCUCUGUAUUCUACAGCACAAUUGUCGUCGCUGAAGCUUUCGGACCCUCUGGCAACGCACAAAUUAUCGAUCUGCAAGCCAACACCGAUAACAUGUUUACCCCUGCCUACGCAAUCUACGAAAAUGGUGCCCCCGUGCGCCUUGUACUACUCAAUUACGUAUCAGAUCCAAGCGGUGCGAGCGAUUACACAACAACGAUUUCCAUAGGCGGCUCGGCAAUUGGGCAGAGCAACGCCACGCCUGCACAAAUACAAGUCAAAUAUUUAGUGGCACCUUCUGUGUCGGAGAAGUACAACAUUACGUGGGCAGGCCAGACCUUUGGCGGGACCUUCCAGUCUGAUGGCCGCCUAACGGGCUCAGAAAGCGUGCAGACAAUUAACUGCGACCAUGACUGUCCCCGCCCUGGCGCCGCACUCGUCUUCCUCUCCUCCAACGCAUAUGCAGAGUCGGGGAACCCCUCGACCCAGACAUUCUCUACCACGGCGGUCACGAAGACAGUGAACACAGCGAAGGUUGACCCGAGUGUGCUGGCAACCUCGAAUGGGAUGUCGGGAGCCACAUGGGAGCUUGGGAGUACGAGUAAGGGGAACACUGGUGCUGGCCUGAGGAAUUCACUUUCAGUUGUUUCUAUUGUCGGUGCAGCUGUGCUGAGCACCGGCAUGUUAUGCACAUGGUUCUGGUCAUGAUGUUCUUGCAAAAUUGUUGGCACUAUAUAUACCAGUAGCGCCACCAUAGAUGUCCGUCACGAUGUUCAUGUUACAAUCAAAAUUCUUGGAAUUGUAUAUUACACAUGAUGACUCCAGGC